GAUUGAAACGGAAUUUGCAAAUUUGAAGUGUCGUCUUUGCGACGGUAGCUGUGCAGGAAAUUUUCUAAAACAUUAUUUUAAAUAUAUACCUUCAAAAAAGGUUUAAUAUGUCUCUAAUAUCUAGAAAUGUUUUCCGCGCCCUUGUGCAGGGAUCACAGCAUGUCAGCAAAGGCGUCCACACUACAGCGGUAAACAAGGAUAAAAACGUAUGUUUUGCGCAACACACAAUCAGCACCCUGCAAACGAAAGAGGGUCGCAUCAAAUGCACCCUCAUUCCCGGGGAUGGUGUUGGACCUGAAAUGGUUUACUCUGUUCAAGAAGUGUUUAAGGCGGCAAAUAUUCCGGUGGAUUUUGAAUCGUUCUUUUUCUCUGAAGUGAACCCAACAUUGAGCGCUCCUCUUGAAGAUGUUGUUAACUCUAUUGCCAAGAAUAAAAUAUGUAUCAAGGGUAUCCUAGCAACACCUGAUUUCUCUCACACGGGUGAGCUGCAGACUCUCAACAUGAAGUUGAGGAAUGCAUUAGACUUGUACGCCAAUGUGGUCCACGUCAAGUCAUUGCCCAAUGUGAAGUGCCGGCAUCAUGACGUUGACUGCAUCAUCAUACGAGAGCAGACUGAAGGAGAGUACUCCGCUUUGGAGCAUGAAUCUGUGCCCGGUGUUGUGGAAUGUCUGAAGAUUAUAACUGCGGCGAAGUCGGAGCGUAUUGCAAAGUUCGCAUUUGACUACGCGGUGAAGAUGGGCCGGAAGAAGGUCACUGCUGUACACAAGGCCAACAUCAUGAAGCUCGGAGAUGGACUCUUCCUGCGCAGCUGCGAAGAGAUGGCGAAGCUCUACCCUCGCAUUCAGUUCGAGAAGAUGAUAGUGGACAACUGCACGAUGCAGAUGGUGUCAAACCCGAACCAGUUCGAUGUGAUGGUGACGCCCAACUUGUACGGCAACAUUGUCGACAAUCUCGCCAGCGGUCUCGUCGGUGGUGCGGGCGUCGUCGCCGGCGCAUCCUAUAGCGCGGAGUGUGCGGUCUUUGAACAGGGUGCCCGUCACAUAUUCUCCGGUGCUGUGGGUAAGAACAUCGCCAACCCGACCGCCAUGUUGUUGUGCUCCGCCAACUUGCUGGCGCAUGUCAAUCUGCAUUCUUACUCUAAGAUGAUCAAGAAUGCUAUUAACAAAGUUCUAGCGGACGGUAAGGUAAGGACCAAGGACCUCGGAGGUCAAUCUACAACAAAAGAUUUCACUUAUGCGGUGAUACACAGCCUUGUUUGAAUACAACCCUGGAGAAAUAGUAGUCAAAAAACUCAUGGAGUUUAUUAUAAGAAUAAUUUAUUAUUUAUUUCAGUAUUUAUGAAUCUGUAUUAAUUUGUAAAUCAAUCUCGUUUUGACAUUGAAAAUGUUACCAUUGUAAAUAAAUAAAAAAAGUAAAUGUGUC